AAUUGUUAAUUCACAUAAUCAGUUAUUUAACGCAAAAGUACCCUCCAAAGUACCGUUUUACUGUACUGUAACCAUAUGUAAGAAGAACUCGUUCAAUCGAUUAAAAUAUGAGUUGAAGUGUGAAAUGUGCAACGGUAGUUAAAAUCAAGAGUGCCCACUGCUAUCGGAGUUUAACAUAAUGUUAAGUUUCCAGUGGCCAUAUGUUGUUUUUUUUUUUGCCUUCGACAAGCCAACAAGUACCGUCGCGGGCAUCGUAAAGUUGACGAUUUAUUAAUAACAAACAAACAGUUGGACGGAUAUUGAAAUGACGAGCCGAGCUUCAAUACAUGCACAUCGUAAAGUCAGUGGCUCCGGCUCUCCUACAGCAAAUUUAUUGAGUCAAAGCGAUAUCCAAGGUACACGCAGCGUCUACUAUCGCGAGGAGGAAAAUAACUCAAGUGACGAUGAGAACGAAGUUCUUGAAUCAGACGAGACGCCGGAUCACGAAGAAUUGCCGACGUCGGAUACAGACGAGGACGAUUCACUGCAGCCACGUCGCCCUUCGUCAGCAACAACACCCAAUCGAUCAGUUACAGCUCCGCCGAGGGCCGAGAGCCAGCCGCCGCUUGCCAAAUCUGCAAACAUUCAGCCGUCAAAAUCCCAGUUCAAGUUAAUACCAUAUGCUAUUAUUAUCAUAUUGCCAUUAUUCGCAUGCUCGCGAUUGCUCAAAUCGGAGCCUCAAGUGAAACGCUGUGCGUUUGAGGAACUGCGGCAACGUCCGCCGCUGCAGUCAGAGGAUGUGUGGAAAGCGCUCAGCAUCAAUAUUGAAUUGCUGCUUAACAAGAAGAUAAAGUCUCCCAAUGUCUAUCUAUUUCUGCACACGAAUCAGAGCAGCGAAUAUCCAAUUCAAAAACUAAUCAACGAUAUUGCCAUGGAAGCAUCCAAAUGUUUUGAUGGACAGCGACCCAUAGAAAUGAGCCUGAAGGAUUUCCAAACCCAGAAUGACGAUGACUACGGCUAUCCCAUUGAACAGUACAAAAAGAAACUCAGAGAAGGCAACGUUUUUCUCAUUGUAAAUCUCAACGAUAUACCACCAAAUUCAGCACGCGCUCUGCACACCAUUUGCGACACUUACAGUCCCAUUGCACCGGACGUGGUCUUCUUUAUGACACUGCGCACACACCUUGCAAACACGGUCGGGAGUCCUGCACAGAUGGCCUAUAAGACACUGCAGGAACUGUGGAAACAAGUGCCGGAUAAUGAAUUGGAUGCAUUGAUAACACGUGUGAUUGAUCAGGUGUUGCUGUUACAAAGCUAAGCUUAGGAAUAUAUAUAUUUUUGCACAAAUUUAUUUGAAAAA